AUGGCCUCCAUCUCCAUCCCCAUCCCCGACGAGCUCAUGGAGGAGAUCUUCCUCCGCCUGCCCACCCUGAGGGCGCUCGCCCUCGCCUCUGCCACCUGCACCUCGUUCCGUCGCGUCAUCAAAGGCCGCACCUUCCGCCGCCGCUUCAGCGCGCUCCACCGGCCUCCCCUCCUUGGCUUCAUGGACGCGGCCGGAUUCCAGCCCGCCCAGGCGCCGCACCCCUCUGCCCCGCUCACCGGCGCCUUCGGCCGGUGUGCCGUGGAUUUCUCCUUCGUUCCGGCCGUUGUUUCUUCCUCCUCCUGCUACGUCUCGCCCGAUGAGGGAGGCCCCCGCUGGCGCCCCCGCGACGUCCGCGAUGGCCGUGUCCUCCUUGAUUGGAGAUCCCUCCAAGCCCCCGUCCUCAACUACUGGAGCUACCCCGAAGAAGGCUACGAAGUAAGCAUCCUCAUGGAUAGUAGAGAGCACGUUGACUUCUACGACUAUGGUCUCCGCCUUGCGUGGACCAGACGGGAGUGGUGCAACGCCGCUGACUUUCACCUCGCCGUCUGUGACCCGCUGUCGAGAAGAUACGUGCUGCUUCCAACCAUACCUGAGGACCUCGCCGCUCAGCCGCAGGAUCGCCUAUGGGAAUUCGAGCCUGUGCUUGCUCCCAACACCAGUGAUGACGGCGAGGAGGAGCCCUUCAAGGUGAUAUGCAUAGCAAGAUACCGGACAAAGCUCGUCCUCUUUGUCUUCCGGUCCACAACUAUGCAAUGGUGUGUGGUCGAGUCCCCUGUCUUCCCUUCUUUCGACGACAUGUCCUGUUUUGAUUGUGUACGCGGCUGCUUCUACUGGACACAGCCUUGGUGUUGGAGUGACCAUUUGAUGGUGCUGGACACACGCACUCUGAGGUUUUCAACUAUCAAUUUUCUCACUGGCUACCAUCUGCAGCUCACAGAUACUGACCCCAUCUUUGAUAAUCGGCGUCCAAAUGCACUUGUUGUGGGUAGGGAAGGAGCCAUUGAGAUGUUUUCUCUUGUCUGUCAACACGGGACCUUUGCUCUCCACCAUACCUCUCUGCAGAAUAAUUCAGAUGAAUGGGAGCUGAAGAAGAUCAUACAGCUGCCUCGGCAGUAUUAUGACUAUUCUGUUUCCACAGUGGGUGCAGCCCAAGGAUUCUUGUUCUUCCAAUGCGCUCCGGACGGCAUUCACUUAGAGAAUGUGGAUUAUUAUUCAAUGGACGUCAAGACGUAUGAAAUUACCAAAGUUUGUACGAAGAUGGACGACUUCUUAAAUCUCAAACGUGCUCUCCCCUACUUUAGCUUCCCACCGUUGUUAUCGGAACCAACUAUUUGA